AUGGAAACAACUGCAAAAGCAGAUCGUGAGGAUCUGGAACGAAAAAAUUCAAUCUUGGAAGAAAUGAUUAAACGAUCAGACUUGAGACAAAAGAAAUUGGAAAAAACAAUAGAUGAUUUAAAAACGGAAAUUUUUGAACUAUUAACCGAUAACGUUGAUACUGUGAAAACAAGCAACGUAGAAGAGCAUGAUCAGGCCAUUGCAUUUUACGCAUAUUUGAGCAAAGGUGAGAGCGCUAUUCAACAUCAUGGUGUAACAUUUGAUACUGUCAUUACCAACGUCGGUGCGGCUUAUAAUCAUCAUGAUGGCGUUUUUACCGCUCCAACUAAUGGCGUAUAUGUCUUCAACUGGAACCUGUACAGUUCUUAUCAUGGGGAUCUCGUGUCCGAGUUGAUGGUAAAUUCUGCAAAAAAGGGCGGCAGACGUUCAGAUAGUCUGAGAGUUGAAGAGGACCAUAGUUCUAGCGGUACUGUGGUGGUUCAGAUCAAUCAGGGAGAUGUUGUUUACGUCAGGAUGCAUCCUACAGCUUCGAUCACAGGAUAUAUCAUAAGCAGCUCUGGAAGCUAUCAGUCAUCUUUCAGUGGCUGGCUAUUGGCAUAA